GACAGGGAUUGGCGGGACGAGGAGGAAGAAGAAGAAGUGGGGGAGGAGGAGGCCGUGGCAAUGAAGAAGAACGACGACGAGAAAGACAAAGAGGAGGACGAGGAGGAGGACGACGACGAAGAAGGAGGAGGAGGCCCCGACGGGGGUGAAGGAGGAAGAGGCGACAGCGGCGGCGGUGGCAGCCGGGGAGGAGGUGGCCCCGACGAUGGUGGAGGAGGAGAUGACGAUGGGACAGGGAUUGGCGGUACGAGGAGGAAGAAGAGGAAGCCGGGGAGGAGGAGUCUGUGGCGAUGGGGAAGGAUGAGGAGAAAGACGAAAAGGAGGAUGGCGACGAAGGAGGAGGAGGAGGUGGAGGAGGAGGACGAGGAGGCCCCGACAGGGGUGGAGGAAGAGGCGGCGGCAGCGGCGGUGGCAGCGGGGAAGGAGGUGGAGGAGGAGAGAUGACGAGGAUGGGGAGGAGAAUGAGUAGGAGGCCCCGACCAUGGUGGAGGAGAAGGAGGAGGAGGAGGAGGAGUGAAAGGGGGCCGAAGUGAUUGGCCACCCGAUCACUCCGCCGGCCCUCCCCGCUUUUUUUUCAAUCAAUCAAUCAAUCAAUCAACCACCCAACC